CGCCGGCUGGCUGACUUCAGGCGCGUCUUGAAUUCGGACCACGCUCCCCGCAGUUCCCGCCCAGACGCGAUCGAGCACUCUGAUUGGUCAGACUCGCCGGAUCGACCACCCGCCGCGUGAACUCAGCACAACCGCCAACCCCCAAUAAAGGAGAAGCACAAGAACUCCUCGCCAUGGAGCACCCGACCUACCACAACUCACCACCAACCUCAGCAGAAGAUGUCGACAAGCGAACCCAUGCCCGGAGGAAGUGACUGCCUGAUCAAAUUCGGAUCUCGGGCCGACUACAACCGCUUCGUUGGCCAACUGCGCUCUCAACUCCGCUCGUAUCUGAUCACCUCAUGUCAAGAAAACAAUAUCGAAAUCGGCAGCCCGGACUACCUGGCCGUCGAAUCCGUCCUCAUGGAUGUAUUCAUGAAAUAUACGCUCGAAUUUAUUAGGGAAAAUCUUCUCGUGGAUGGCCGUCCUCUUACACCCCCGCCAGAGUUUUCUGAGCCAUCUCGACGGGUCAAUGGGACCGGAUCAGCAGACCAGCCCAACAGCCAUCACAAUCGGUCGAAUAGCAGUCGAAGCAAGGAGCCCAAACCACCUCGGACGAGGCCAUGCGAUACGGCGCUGAACGAACGAGUGAUCCGACAGCAGUAUGCCCUCUAUGACGCUGCGGUUGAGAACACCCGGAAGCGGAAAGACCUUCCAGGCCACAUCGUCCAACGCAUCGAGGCCGCUGCCGAACAAUCUACCAAACACUUGCACUCCCAGACCAAAGAGGUCGAUCAGCUCGAAGCUACUAGAGCCGAAGAAGCCGCUAAUGACCCUCGGCAGAGGUGGGACGUCUUGAAUGCUGAGCCGCCCAAUAUCCAAGAAACACAACAAGAUUUCACUGGUGCUAAUCAAGCUAUCUGUAAACUGAUCCAAUCCCUGCCUCAAUUAAUCCAAACUGCCUCUCGAGCCAUCAACUUACACGACGAAGUAGCAAACGCAUUGAAAUCCGCUUGACUUACAUCCAUCUUCAAACGUACUUGUACCUAUUUAACCUAGACUUCGUUCUUUCUCUUGUUGUUUUUGAUAUUCACUUUACAGCUCCUCUCAUGUACGCUUUUCUUGUGAUUGUUUUCAUCAGUGAUUUGUCUACCAGCACAUGUAUUUCUAUCAAUCAGUAGACAAAUUCAGACCAAUUUAGAAUGACCCUGGGAACUGUACGUCUGGUUAUCUCGCCGGAACACGGUAUGUGUGUGUUCAUGACUUUUGCGUUUGGUGUGGACUUCAGGAAACAUGCAUGUCAACUGUCAACAUUUCAUGCUACCGAUUUUUUUGAUCCACCUGACAUGCAGGCAAAAUGUGCAUCAAUUUGUAUUAAUAUCAUCCCGUCUUUGACACGACAAUGGCGUUUCCUGUAGACCUUGCAAAAUCUCAAAUCAGAUCAAUCCGGC